GUGUCUCUUGUCGAGAGACGUGCCUGCAGUCACAGGGUUUAUUUAACACGUAGUCAAAAACCCACCCAGCUCUCACACAUUCAGCCGGGCGUGGAGCCUCCCUAGACAUACUACCGAGUCCGGACCUGAGGGUGACAACACUGCGCCGUGUCCAACUCCAACUCACAGCGGGAACGCACACACACACACACUGGAUAACAGGAGAUACUUUUUGAUUUAUUUUUUUUCUAUUUUGUGUGAUUUUUUUUCCGUUUUGAAGCGCGAUUGCAGAGACACAUUUGGAACGUUUUGAAGGCAUUUUGAAGUCAUUUAUUGGGUUUUGCAGUUAAACGACAUGGAGAGGAUUACCAGUGCGCAACCACCUCCCUGUGUACCAAAACACCCAUCACUGGAUAUAGCUGACAUGCCAGGAAUGGAUUUUCCCAUUUAUGUGUACAAACCCAGAAGGGGCAUGAAGCGUGGGGAUGAAAGCAAGGAGACAUACAAGUUGCCACACCGACUGAUUGAAAAGAAAAGACGCGACCGAAUCAACGAAUGCAUUGCCCAGCUGAAGGAUUUGUUGCCAGAACAUCUCAAGCUUACAACGCUGGGUCAUUUGGAGAAAGCUGUGGUGCUGGAACUCACUCUCAAGCAUGUGAAAGCCCUUAGCGCUCUCCUGGAGCAACAGCAGCAGAAAAUUAUGGCACUACAGAAGGACCUGCAAAUUAGCGAUCAUGGAGGUGACAGUGCCGAGAGCAGCGAGGAGAUGUUCCGCUCUGGCUUUCACUUGUGUGCAAAAGAGGUCCUCCACUAUCUGGCCAGCCAAGAAAGCAGCAGGGACCUGAGCCCUUCCCACGUCAUAAGCCACAUCCAAAAAGUAGCAGCUGAGGUCCUGCAGCAUCGGAGCAGCCUACACCCAGAAGAGUCCAUCCCUCGAGCUUCAGAGAAACUCAAGAAACCCGCUGGACAGCCCCCAAGGGCCUCUGAGGGCCCCGCUAAGAACUGUGUUCCUGUUAUUCAAAGGACUUACCCCCACGGGACGGGAGAGCAAAGCGGCAGUGACACGGACACUGACAGCGGGUACGGGGGAGAACACGACAAACGCGAUCCCAAAGCCCCGUGGUCAGAAAGCCACGCGAGGGAGGGGGGGCUCAAGCAUGCAGCGCCUGAGCCCGUGGCCGGCGCAAUCAAGCAGGAGGGUGACGAGCCUCAGGCCAAAAAGUCGAGGUCUGACUCCUCAGAGGACGAGAUUCUCUCCAGUCAUGUGGCAGGAGGCCCUGGCAGCUAUAUGAGCUUCUCACCCAACCAGCCCCCAUUUUGCCUCCCCUUCUACCUCAUACCCCCCGCGGCUGCAGCAGCAGCAGCGUAUCUGCCCAUGCUGGAGAAAUGCUGGUACCCCGGGGGCAUGCCAGUUAUGUACCCAGGCAUGAGCAGCUCCACAGUGGGCUUGCCCCCAGAGACACUUCCCUCAUCCCUGGUGAUGUCCCCAAGGGCAGGGUCUCCAGUCCCCCACCAUAUCGCUAUGGACUCCCCUGCUCUUCACAAAGCUUUAAAGCAGGUCCCCCCUUUGAACUUGGAAACCAAAGACUAAACCGAUGUUUUUCUGUUGGAACCUUUCCCUCGAAUGUUGAACGGGGUUAAACGGUUGGCCCACUGAAAAGACUUUAAACAAACGCACUGGUGUCCCUUCAAACCACAGCCAUUGUUUGGCCCAUCAAAACACUGACCCCAGCAAAGAGCCCCAAAUGGUCAGCACUGUAUAUCACCAGCCUCUCACAGAUUGAAACGGGACUUUUAAGGGGAGCCUGCAAUGCCCGUGCAAAGGCUCAUAUAUUCACCUGUUGCAUGGCUCUGAAACACUGUGAAGAUGGUUAGGUUAAAGGCAAUGAGUGCUCAAGAGAUGGCAAAAGUGUUUUUUUUUUUUUUGUUUGUUUGUUUGUUUUUUUUUUUAAGCAAGGUUCGCCCUCUCCGCGCUCAUUGUUGAAUGUCAGAGGUGAAGCCAGAAUGUAAGGCACAGAUUCCCACCUGCCACCCCGCACCCCCCAAAAAAAAUAUUUGGACCUAUUUUUUGCACACACACCAGUCUGUAAUGAAUGUAAAGAUUGAACAAAACCCCCUUGUAGAUGCUGCUUGAAUUAUUAUUACCUGCUGUAGAUCUGUGAAUGGAGGAUGUGUUUGUCACUCCUGUAACUGCAACAAAACAUUGUUUUAGACUAGAAUGUUACCAAAAAGACAAACGUCUGGGCCGUGUUGACCAGGCACAUCACAAAAGACAUUGCUCCUUUCACCCUUCAGUGUUCAUAAUUUUCAAAAAAUUCAGGGCGUUGUCAGUGUACGAGGUGUGUCACUCAUAUCUGUUGAGGAGUGAUGUGGCCAUACGUGCUUUUACGAUUUAAUUUGUGAGUCAUGACUGUUUUGUGCAUCUAGAUGGAGACCCUGUGAAGUAAUGUCUUGUAAUAAUUUUUGUUUAUACUACUCAUACAUCUCUAUUUUUGAUAAGUGACCCGCUGAAGUGUAUUUGCAUCGCUACCAGAAGACGGGCGAGGUAGUCUUUAGCUGUAUGCCGGUAGAACGUGUACAGUACAUAGCGUCGUGCUCAGCCAGAUUUGCAUCUUACCCACAAAUUCCCGGUCAAGUUAAGACCAAGAUCUUAGCUCAUGCUGUUGCCUUUACUCGUUUAAUGCGGACACAACGAUGGCAGGUGUUUAAAUGUAUUUGCUUUAAAUGUUGUGUCUGUGGCAAAGAGAGUGAAUGUAAAGUUCAAACAAAAAUAAUAGUUUUGUAUAGAAAGAGGUACAUGGGAUUUUUAUUUUGAAAUGUAACACAAUGUUGUUUGUUGUACAUAUUUUGUAUAUAAAGUAUUAUUGAUAUAUAUUAAAAUAUUAAUAAAGCUUUUCCCCCCGUGGAA